GCUAAAACGGGCUACAACAGCGACGGGCUACUUACGGGAAAACACAUAUUGUUAGCUUUGUGAAGCUAGCCAACAAGCUUAUAUAAUAUGAACCGUUCAGGUAACUGCAGCCGCAUAUUAAUAGGUAAUCGUGAUAAACUAUAAACGGCGUCAGUGUGUGUGCGACGUCCAGGAACCUGUCGUCUUUGAGAUGGAGUCAAAUGACGCGACCUGUUGUGAACAAUAUAAAAAUAACCCCCUUUGACAUUAUGUAGGUUUUCUUACCUUAUUAUGAAAUCGAUUUAACAGCAAAUAGGAGAAAAGACGUAGCUAGAAAGGCUUUUUUAUCUUUCCGGACGGUGACAGCUAACCUAGCUAACAGGCUAGCCCAGCUGUUGUUUACCAUCAUGGACCGGGAGGCGUACCGCAACUGCAGCAGCCUGGUCAAGAUGCCCCGGCAGGCGUACGAGCAGUUCUGGUCCUCACACUUCGUGGACUACAUCGACAAGGAGCUGAGCUAUUCCAGGUUUUUCAAGAAAUACCUGCUACCCAAUCACCCGUGCAUGUUUUCCAGGAGGUUUACAGAGGACUGGAAGUGUAGAAAACAGUGGGUGACAGAGGAAGGGAAGCCUCAUUUCCAGAAACUGCUGCAAGAGUUUGACGAGACUCCUGUGCCUGUUGCAAACUGUAAUGCAAAGGAGUACAAUGCAAACCCCAAACAAGUAAUGCCUUUCAAAGAAUUUAUACACUACUGGAAAGAGUAUAUCCAAAAUGGCCACUCGUCACCUAAAGGAUGUCUCUAUCUUAAAGACUGGCACAUGUCAAGAGACUUUGCAGAACACAGUGUUUACACCACACCAGUCUUUUUUUCUUCCGACUGGCUCAAUGAAUACUGGGAUACACUCGAGGUGGAUGACUACCGCUUUGUUUACAUGGGGCCUAAAGGUUCAUGGACACCGUUCCACGCCGAUGUGUUCCGCUCCUACAGUUGGUCAGCAAACAUCUGUGGGAGGAAGAAAUGGCUCCUUUAUCCCCCGGGUCAGGAGGAGUUUUUACGAGACUCUCACGGCAACCUCCCUUACGACGUCACAUCGUCGGAACUUCAAGACCGAGGCCUUUUCCCACACCGCGAAAAAGCCUGUCAACCUCUUGAGAUUAUUCAAGAGGCUGGUGAAAUCAUCUUUGUGCCCAGUGGCUGGCAUCAUCAAGUUUACAAUUUGGAAGAUACCAUCUCUAUUAAUCACAACUGGUUGAAUGGCUGCAACGUUGACAUCAUGUGGCAGUUCCUUCAGAAUGAACUUUCAUCCGUUCAAAAAGAGAUAAACGAGUGGAGAAACACGAUGGAUUCCUGGCAUCAGCACUGUCAGGUCAUCAUGAAGGCCUGCUCUGGUAUUAAUUUUGCUGAAUUCGCAUCGUUCCUGAAAAUAAUUUCUGACAACCGAAUGGCCUUCCUGAACGCUUGCUCCUCGGGGGAUUCCCCCGAUUACCCACGGCAUCUCUCGGAGACGCUUACCACACUCGGACCUUACCAUGCUGCCUUCGACCUACAGAGAGUGGCUCACGUACUUGAAUGUCUACUCUGCAAUGAGGACUUUAAGCGGCUCGAUCAUUCAACACUGGCUCUGCAGCCAGAAACCAUGCUACAGCAAAUUCGGGACACCAUUCAAUCCACAAGAGGGCAGCAUCUCCUUUAUCAGGAAUAGGAUGUUCUGUGUGGUCCCUACAGUGGAUAGUCACCUGGAAAGAGCUUGAAGUGCCAAUUUGUUUGGAGUAUAAAAGAUGAUAGGCGUUUGUUUGUUUGGUUUGAGAUGUAUUGCAAUCUCAAAUGUUGCCUGUGAAUGUUUGAAAUAGAUUUUUUUGCACUGAAAGAUAAAUAGAUAAAUAAAUUUAAAAAAUACA